AUGACGACGUCGCCAAUCACGCUACCGGCGACACUAGAUGCCAAGACGGCAAUCUACUCAGUCUUUGGCUUCAUUCUUUUGUACCAAAUUCUCUCACGGCUCAACAAUGGCAUUCGCGACUAUCAACUCUCCAACUCGAACGGUUGCCAGCCACCACCCACCUACCCGCACAAGGAUGGAGUGCUCGGCCUACAUCACCUCCUCACGCUCAUAAAGGCCAAGAAAACCAACCGAGUCCCCACGGCUCUCUGCGAAAUGUUUGACGACACGGGAAGCGGCGUCAACACGAUUGGCCACUACGUCCUCGGCAAGAAAUCAUACUGGACUCGAGAUGCGGACAACAUCAAAGCCAUCCUCCACAGCAGCUUCCAAGACUGGGGCCUGCCGCCCGCUCGCAAGGCCACAUUUGACGCCUGCCUCGGUGGUGGCAUCUUUGGCGUGGAUGGUGCGGAGUGGGAACACUCGCGCGCUAUGCUCAAGCCGAGCUUCAACAAGACGCAGAUGAGCGACACGGCGACCCUCGAGAAGCACGCGCAAAAGUUGAUUGCGCGCAUCCCCGAUGGCGAAGAGAUUGAUUUGGCCAACUUGUUUCCUCUCUUGACGAUGGACGUUGGCACCGAGAUGCUGUUUGGCGAGAGUGUCGACAGCUUGUCAAUCUCUGAACUGAAGCAGGCCACAGAAUUCACCCACUGCUUCGAUUACAUUGUUCACACAAUGUCCAAACACAUGAGUCUGCCUUUUCUUACACGUCUGCCGGACCCCAAGCUCAAGCGCUGCGUCGACUUUGUCAACCGGUUUGCGGAGGGUGUCGUCGACCAGACCAUGUCAAGUGAUGAGAAAACAUCUUCCGGCGGCAAGAAGAAGUAUAUCUUCCCCACGGAGCUGGCCAAGAUGGGCUUGUCGCAGAAGCAGAUCCAAAUCGAGGUGAUCAACAUUAUGUUUGCGGGGCGUGACACUACUGCCGCACUGCUGAGUCUUAUAUGGUGGUACCUAGCCAAGCAGCCUGAAAUUGUGUCAAAGAUCCGAAACGAGCUUGAGCCCCUUGGGUCUCGUGCUCCCACGACGGAGGAAGUAAAGAAGCUACACUAUCUGAAGAACGUGGUCAACGAAGUCUUGCGCCUGCAUCCCAUUAACCCUCUCAACUCUAGGACAGCCAUCCGUGACACAACGCUGCCCCGAGGUGGCGGCCCUGAUGGGAGGUCACCCGUCUUCAUCCGCAAGGGACAGCAGGUAAUGUUCACCUCGUCUGGUCUGCAGCGCAGGCCUGAUCUGUAUGGCAAUGACGUGAUGGAACUGAAACCUGAGCGAUGGAGCACCCUGAAGCCUACAGCAUUUGAGUACAUCCCCUUUGGCGGCGGUCCGCGCAUCUGCCCCGGUCAACAUCUCGCACUUUUGGAGGCAUCAUAUUUCACUGUACGUCUUCUGCAGGAGUUUCAGUCUGUGGAGUCGCUCAACGAGGGAGCAUUCCAGGAGGCGUUUGCCAUUCUAGUUACCAGCGGCGAUGGCGUCCGCGUGCGGUUUAGCAGGACAAAUGGAUCCCCCGGAGCUGAGGACCCGCAGCCCCGGCUCUUGGUUGGGCUCGGUGCCGGUCUGAAGAAUCAGCACGUCGCGUCAAUACGAUGGCUGGCUGACGUGACGGAGGCUGAGGUGGAAGGUCUUAGCGUCGGAUCCACGACUUUGACGUUCAUUCCACGCCGAACGCCAUCCCAGCUUGUGCAGAGAAAUUUCAAGAUCACAGCCGAGUCGGGCGCCGCCAGCACGAUGCUCAUCCUUCAGGCCAUCCUGCCCUUCUGCAUCUUCGCUGGCAACGAGAGCAACGAGCCAGUGGUGCUUGAUAUCGUGGGUGGGACGAAUGUUGGCUUCUCGCUGAGCUAUGAGUAUUUCGAUCAAGUUCUCUUGCCAACGCUCGAAGAUCGAUUUGGUAUUGUUGUCGAACGACAGCUGAAGAGUCGUGCUUGGAGCUUGGGCUCACCGGGCCAGGGUGAGAUCAGUGUAAAAGUGCACCCAUUGCAGCCAACAAAAGCGCUGCGAUUUCGUGCGCUGGAUUCUGUCUAUCCCAGGGCGUGGCAGCUCAAGUCUGUCGAUGUGACCAUCAUUACGCCGAGUUUGUCCCACAUGGCGACGUCCACAGACGGGCUUCGCUGGGGCCACGAUAUCCUGGGGUCCAUGCCAAAGAAGACCAAGUCACCCGAUAAAUUCGCCGGUCAAGUAGCGCAACAGACUGCGCGUUGGCUCGUCAAGGAGCUGCUGCCUGAGGUCCAGUUCUUUGCCAAGGGGGACGUUGUCCAGGCCGACAUGUCGCGAAACGUGUGUGUAACCGCCAUUGACGGCCAGACCGGCUUCCUCAUCGCGGAGCUCCUCCUGAGCAACCCAGACUUUUCUGCAAAGGUCGAUUCUGUCGUCGGCCUCUCCUUGCAUCCAAAGUCCCCUCAUGCUCACGAGCUCACCAGUCUCGGCGCCAAAGUGGUGCCUCACCAGCCAGGCCGCGUCAAGACAAUGGCCAAGAAGCUGAAGGACUCGGGCUGUGAUACCCUCUGCCUCGUCCCGCCCGCUCAUCAAGACAAGUUUGACAUUUCCGUGGAGCUGGCUGAGGCGGCCAGGCAGGCAGGCGUCCCCAAUGUGCUGCUCAUCAGCUCGGCUGGCUGCGACUAUGCGGAUCUCAACAGGCAGCCGCGUCUGCGAGAGUUUAUUGACGUUGAAAGCGUGGUGCUCGAGUCCAAGGGCUUGGCUGACACGCCAACUGGAACCUCGCCCUGCGUAAUUCGUGCCGGUUUCUAUGCUGAGAACCUGCUGCUGUACUCCCCUCAGGCCAAGGAAGAGGGUACGCUUCCACUGCCGAUUGGCAAGCAGCACAAGUUUGCGCCCGUGGCCUUGGGAGAUGUUGCUCUCCUCGCAGCCCACGUCCUUACUGGAAAGGGGGCGCAUGGGUUUGACGACCGCCAUCGCGGACAGAUGAUGAUCUGCACAGGCGAAGAACUCGCCACGGCAGCCGGCAGCUCCCUGGGCGUGGAAAUGACGUUUGAGAGCAUCUCAGCUCGCGAGGCCAAGCGCGUGCUCAAGGCGCAGUCGGACAUUGACCAGACUGAGCAGCAGUACUUGCUUGAGUACUACAGCCUUGUGCAGGAGGGCAAGACAAACUACAUCGCCACGACGGCCUUUCACGAUGUCACUGGUCGGCAUCCGACGGAGCCGGAUGGGUUCUUCAAGAUGUACGAGAAUGACAUGCGGCCCAAGAAGGCGGCCAAGCUGACCGUCGGGCUUCAGAAUUUCCAGGAGCUGCCAGACCGCGUCAGCAUCACAGGGACAAGCCAUUCCCUCGUGCGCAGAAAAGCGACACUCUACCCUUUACAUUACUCGCGCCAGUGCCCUGAGUUAUAUUCUAUCGCCAUGGCGCCUCUCAUUCUGCACAACGUCCCCGAUGACGAGUUGUACAUUGGCGAAGAUGGCAUCAAGCGUCCAUAUGCGAUGAUCUUCAACCAACCCGACGGAACGACCGGCAGCAGCACGCGUGCUCGACGCGCCGUCGCGGAAAAGGGCUCCUUUGGCAAGUCGACUCGUCGGUCACGAUCUCGAACAGGCACCCCAGGUGCUCGUGGCGUACCUCAGAACCCAACAGCAGCCGCAGCGGAUAAGCUCUUUGGCGAGUGGGUGAUGAACAAGCAGUCCCGCGCCAACGAGGAGCAGUCCAGCAACCAGACACAACAAGACGACCCGUCCUCCUCGCAGCAACAGCAGCUGCAGCAGGCCUCCGCGACUGGGAAGCGAAACCAGCCGACAGAGGUCAUCCUGCGCGGGUACAGGGCGACAGUGCAACAAUAUGCCUCCAUCGCACACUACGAGUCCCUCGCCGGGCCGAUCCUAGAGGACUACCCCCGCGAGCCACCCUCGAACCAACGGCGGUACAAAUCCCAGCUGCGCGAUGCGGCGUACACCCGACGACGCGCCCUGACACACGAGGAGCACGCCAAGGUCAGCAAGGCAGCUAGCGGGGAGCACUGGGUCAAGAUCACAUUUGAAAGCGCCGAGGCGGCGGAGACGGCCUUUUACGCCAGUCCGCAGCGUGUCUUGGGCCACCUGGUCUACGCCGAACCAUAUCGCCAGGCGCCGCCCGCUAGGGACGAGGCGUGCCCCGAUCUCGAUGCGACGAUGGAGGAGCAGCACUUUGGGAGAUCAAAGAGCGUUCCCGCUGCCAUUGGCUCCCUGGGCAGGCCCAGCGGACCGACGUCCUGGAACAGUCGUCUCUUGGAGGUGCAGAGGGAAGCAUCAGGUUCCCAGAUCUCCAGCCAAACCCUAGACACCGGCACCGUCUCCAGCGGCACGGUGGACCAGCCGGCUGGUGCUCCUGGCUUCGCCAUCGCCACGACCGCAACGAGUGUCGAGCCCCUCGAGAUGGAAGACGAGAUUUUUUGCCGAAAGAUCCCCACGGCGCGCAAGGCUAAGAUCCUGCCCGCCGACCAGGCCCUACGCCCGCAGCAAUCCUUUGUCCAGCGAUUCGUCGCUGCGAUCCCCCUUCUUAGUUGGUUUGGAGGGAGCAUCAUCGGCAGCGAGGUCCCGCGCACGGAGACGGGCGAGUUUGACUGGAACAGGGCCAGUCUCUACUGGAAAGUGGUGUGGUGGCUGGACGUCACGUUUGGUCUUUUCAAGGGCGAUGUCAGCAGCAUCGACAAAGACGACUAA